CUUGCACAAUUGAACCUCAACAUCCAGGUUCCCCUUCGUUACCUCCACCAAACGCGUGUACCAAUACCACUUUUGAUAAUUCAUGUUCAUGUCCAUAUUUCAGAAUUCUUCCUGACAGCAGAACUACUUAUCACUAAGAAGUUUUCAUUGUUACAAAACUUUCUCGCGAGUAUUGUUGUUGUCGUAAGCAAGCAAUGGAAGGUGUGGAGGAUAUUUUGUCAGCGCAGGUUUUGAGCGCGACUGCGACUUUGUAAUUUUCCCAAACUCCCUCCGAUCCCCCCCUCAUAUAUUUGCUUAAUUACUGACCCUGUGUUAGACAAGUUUACAAGGAUUCUCUCGCGCCACCACCAUCAACCAAGAGGGCUUGGGAACGCGCUCCGCGAUCUGCCUCUGCCCCGCGUCUCCAAGGUCAGAAGAUAUGGAAAAGACCUGGCCUACGGUCGCACGAUAAUAAGGAGAACGAUGAGACCGCCAUUCAAGCAGAGUUAGAGAAGAGGGGAACAGGAUCAAGGAAGAAGAGGCGCAUCCAAGGCGCGAAGGAAAACAUCAGUGAGGCGAAAUGGUCCAACAAAUCCACACAGAGCAGUGAUCUCGAGAAUUCCAAUGGCACGAAAGAAUCAGCCCGGAUUUUGAUGGCUUUCAAUGAACCAAAACGUGGUCUAAUGGUUCCGCGAAAACGCACGAAUGCGAACCAUUUGGUCACGCCGAGAAAGGCCAUGAAAAAGCGAGCUAGUCACGUAUCGAAUGCAAUUGUACAGAGCCCGACCAAGGUGUCGCGUCAUUCUCCAGAGAAGCCUGUACGAAGAAGAGCAUCAAUGCGUCGUAGCCUUCGCAGACUCACCGUUACACCUGAAGAUGUCGAUGUUCAGGCAGCAGGUACCUUUACCUUUGAAAGUCCCAGUGACGCGACCCGAGAUUUAGUGAAAUCAGCAAAAUCUCCCAAAUUUCUGCAAGAAGCUAUCACUACACCUUCGAAAUAUAAGCCACAAGGCGCUUCCAUGGAGGGACAAGUACUGGUCUCUACUACGACUUCUGAUGUGGAAAUGGAACAGGAGACCGAACUUGAAAUUAGCGAGGAGGAGCAGAUUGCGGAACAACUCUAUGCUACUUCACCUAUGAAGCGCUCUGUAUCAAUCCUGGAGGGAAUUUCCAUGUCUGCUGAUAACCAAUCUCCACCUGCGGUACUUGAAGAUCAUGUUCACGUGCCCAUUGGCAAUAGCGAAGAGCAAAUCACACCUCUAUCAAAAACAUCGGGGACACCAACAGCCAAGCGAAGCUGCGAGAGAUCUGCUACUCGACGGAGCACCAGGUCGACCCGUUCAAGCUUGUUUACCAUCAACCAAGACACCCUGCUCAUCGAACAACUUCCUGAAGCUAUUGCAGAGGCACCAUUGGCAGCCACCCCCGAGAAUAGAAUCAAAGUUAGUGUUAGAGAAGUUAUGCCAACACCGCAACCAAAUCUCAAUACCAAUUCAACUCAAACACUUCUUACUACAAAUGAAGAAUCAGGCGAUAUCAUUCUAGCAAACGAUUCUCCUUCUAUUUUCACAUCUACUAGCGAAGUCCCCUCUUUGGACGAUCGAGAGAUGAUUUGGAGUGGAGUUCCUGAUGUUGAGUCUGGAGCUCGUGCAGAAGAUAAGAUUACCGAAGACAAUGAUGACGGCGAUUCUCAUCUUGAAGAACUCGAGGCCUUUGAAGCUACUAUGGUCUUUAAUAGGGAAGGCAGUGAGGAGUCUAGUAAUUUCGAAGACUAUGAAUCUGAACUAGAACAGUCUAUUUCCAGCUCAAUAUGUGACGAAGAUUCAACGCAAGAUCUCCGCGAUUCAAUUGAGCCAGAAGAUGCGGUUCACACUCCUACAAAGGGCACCAACUCGCCUAGCAGUGAUCCAGAUGACACAGCUGUCGAGUCUUUGGAGUUUUUGGAACCAAUCCCAGUUCCCUUGGAUGGGUCUUCAAGCAACGCAGGUGAAGACGAGAAUUUCGAUACAACCAUGGAAGAUGUCCCUGACGACAUGAAUGCUCCUUUGGAGGACGGCAACGCCCAGGAGCAGCGAGUAACGAAUUACGAUCAUGAUGAUACAACUGUGCUACUAGACUUUCUCAGUCGGCAUGCCAACAAGACUGCAAAGACCGAGGUGCUUGUUCCUGAAAGAAAACGAUCGCUUCCACACUCACCACUUAAGUUGCCUAUGAGCGAACUCGAGGAACCCACUGGACUAUCCCUCGAAACCGAACCAAAUGAUGAGUUUGAUGUCAGUGUCGCCUCCGAGAAGCCCAGCAAACGAAAGAGGCGCAAUUCACGAUCUCAAAAUGACGAGGAUCUGACUGAACCAGCAACUUCAAUCAGACGAAGUGGUAGAACUAGACUUCCUGUGAAAAGCUCACAACCAGCUCCUAGUUCCAUACCAUUUCGCAGACUGGGUUCAGACAACACAGUUACACUUCAACAGAAUAAAGAAAAGGAACUCGCUGCUAUCACAAGGUUCAACACUCGCAAGAAUAAAGGAAAUGCUCUUUAUCCGCUCGAUGUCCUUGCUACGCAGACCGAGAAGGGAGAUAUUCCAUCCCGUCAUCGGGCGUUGAAAGAGUUGUUUGACGAGAAAGUUCAGAAACAGCUGAAGGGAAAGAAAGCGAAGAGCGUGGUCUGGGCUGAGCAAUUGACUCAUUACUCGACCGAGAAGAAGAUUGAGGAUGAGAAGGAGGCAGACAAGGAGAAAGGAAAGACGAAGGAGAAACCAAUCAUCAAGAAGAAAGUCGAGAUUUCUAAAGAAGUUGUGCUGGAGAGAGAGUCGGCAAUCUCCGCUGCGGAGGAGAAGCCACCUGUCAUUGAGGGAACGAGGCCUGAGGAAAAGAAGCUCGAGGAGAAGAAGAGCUCGAUUCCGAGAGUCAGUAUGCGGAGUAAGAUGGCACUCGGCAUGGCGGUUAAUGGAACACCAGCUCCGAAGAGAAGAAUGAAGCGGGCUUGAGUGGUGAGAUGAUGAUGAAUACAUGGAUUUGUCUACUGAGUUUUUGUCUAUAGCUAGCUUCCUUUGCUGUUGGAUUUCUUGCAUUUGGCUUGCCUGCUUGCUUGUCCCUUGUUUGUUGCAGAGCGAGCACGGCGAAGAGGUGUUCUUGGGGUUUGGGCAUUACUAUAGGGCUUUUAGCUUUGGGUGGGCUGUUUUUUUUCUUCUUGCUGAGC